AUGGUGCAACCAAUCAGUGCUAUGGAUGAACGCUCCCCUGCCGAGAUUGAAAAGGGGCAAGACAUUCUUUACGACGAGGCCAAUGGAAGCGACAGGUCCACCGAAGGCGAAUUUUCCUGGACCCCUGAGGAAGAAGCCAAGGUCCGACACAAACUCGAUCGCGUCAUUGUACCACUCACGACGUUUCUGUACUUGCUGUGUUUCCUCGACAGAAUCAACAUUGGAAAUGCGCGUAUCCAGGGUCUGGGCAAUGACCUGAACCUCAACACGGGUGUGCGGUUCAACUGGGUCACAUCCAUCUUCUACAUUGUCUACAUGUUUGUCGAAGUACCCAGCAACCUCCUUCUCAAGAAACUCGGCCCCAAGUGGUACCUGCCUCUCCUCGUGUGCGGAUUCGGCUUCGUCUCGCUCUGCACUGCCUUUGUGAACAGCUUUGCCGGCUUGCUCGUGGCCAGAGGAUUCCUGGGUAUAUUUGAAGGUGGUGUCAUGCCCGGUCUUGCAUUCUUCAUUACUUGCUUUUACAAGCGCAAUGAACUUCUCUUCCGUGUCGGCAUCUACGUGUCAGCAGCCUCCAUGGCUGGAGCCUUUGGUGGUCUCCUUGCUACUGGUCUUGCCCGUAUUCCUCCAUGGGGCGCAUCAGGCAUGAUCAUCCAUACCUGGCGAAACAUUUUCUUCUUCGAGGGACUUUUCACCGUGCUCGUUGGUCUUGCCGCUCCUUUCGUUAUGCCCAGUAGCCCCGACGAGUGCUGGUUCUUGAACGAGCGCGAACGAAUGAUUGCUUCGAGGCGACUUAUCCAGCGGGGUGGAGGCGACGAGAACGAGAAGACGCAGCCACACCACAUCAAGAGGGCUGUGAUGAACAUCACCAACUACUUCUGCGCCUUGGGCUUCUUUUUCAUCAACAUUACCGUCCAGGGUAUCUCUCUGUUCAUGCCCACUAUCCUUGCCGAUCUUGGCUGGACUGCGACAAAGGCACAGCUGUACUCUGUACCUCCGUACGUAUGUGCAUGCGUAAUUGCUAUUGGUAUCGCCUUUAUAUCAGACAAGACGAACCGUCGUGGAAUCUACCUGGCCGUUUUCACGCUUCCUGCUAUUGCUGGCUUCUGCAUCAUGCGCUGGGCAACUGACCCCUCGACUCGAUAUGGCGGCAUCUUCCUCAUCACGAUUGGCGCUUUCCCUGGAGGUCCUGGAUUCCUUGCAUGGGCGGCAAACAACGCCGCUGGACCUGCCGUCAGAUCCGUCUCUACCGCUUACGUUGUUACUCUUGGUACCGCUGGUGGUAUCGUGGCAACUUGGACAUAUACUCGCUCAGAUGCGCCCCGCUACCCAACUGGCCACACCAUCAACCUCGCUGGUCAAAUCUGUGUGUGCCUGCUUGCUGUCUUCGGCAUCGUCUACUGCAAGUGGGAGAACAGGCAGCGUGACAUGGGCAAGAGGGAUCACCGCAAGGGCAAGCUCGCCGACAUCCUCGCCCACGAGUCGCAAAUCUGCUGCCGCGCCCAGGGCGGUAACAACGCCGGCCACACCAUUGUCGCCAACGGCAUCACCUACGACUUCCACAUUCUGCCCAGCGGCCUCGUCAACCCCGGCUGUAUCAACGUCAUUGGCAGUGGCUGCGUCGUCCACGUCCCCAGUUUCUUCAAGGAACUCGAGGCGCUCGAGAAGCACGGCCUCAACACCGAUGGCCGCAUCUUCAUCUCGGACCGCGCCCAUGUCGUGUUCGACGUGCACCAGAUGGUCGACGGCCUCGAGGAGGUGGAGCUGGGUGGCGGCAUGAUUGGCACAACAAAGAAGGGCAUCGGCCCAACUUACAGCACAAAGAUGACCAGGAGCGGUCUGCGUAUGUGCGAUUUGUUCGACGAGGCUAUUUUCGAGGAGAAGCUCCGGAGGCUGGCCAAUGGCUUCCAGAGACGCUUUGGUGAUCUGCUCAAGUACAACGUCGAGGAGGAGAUUGCCAGGUACAAGGGCCUUCGCGAAAAACUUGCUCCGUAUGUCGUCGACCAGAUCCCUCUACUGGCUUCGGCAAAGGCCAAGAAUGCGAAAAUUCUUGUCGAAGGUGCCAACGCGCUGAUGCUGGACAUUGACUACGGCACAUAUCCCUUUGUCACAUCGUCAAACACUGGUCUUGGAGGUGUCAUCACAGGUCUUAAUCUCGGAUGGCGGUCACUGACCGAAGUCAUCGGCGUGGUCAAGGCCUACACCACCCGUGUCGGAUCUGGUCCCUUCCCCACCGAACAGCUCAACGAAGUUGGCGAGAAACUCCAGCAAGUCGGCCACGAAGUCGGUGUCACAACCGGCCGCAAGCGCCGCUGCGGUUGGCUCGAUCUUGUCGUCGUCAAGCACUCGCACGCCUGUAACGACUACACCGCCAUCAACCUGACCAAACUCGAUGUCCUCGAUGACUUUGCUGAAAUCAAGGUAGCAACAUCAUACUCGUACAAGGGUCAGACACUCGAUGGCUUCCCGGCCAACCCCGAGAUGCUUGCCGAAGUCGAGGUACACUACGAGACGCUGCCUGGCUGGCAGAAGCCGACAACGGGCGUCACCAACUGGUAUGACUUGCCCAGCCAGGCGAGGAGUUAUAUCGAGUACAUUCAGAACUUUGUGGGUGUCAAGGUAAAAUGGAUCGGUGUUGGACCUGGGCGCGAACACAUGAUUACCAGGGCGUAG